GAAUCUUUUUUUCUUUACAAAAAAUAAUCAUAAAUUGAUUCAAAUAAUAGGCAGUUACAUCCUGGAGUUCAGCCAGGACUGAAAAUCGAAAAAUGACUCAUAGUCGGGUACAAAGAAAGGGCCUUUCUAGCCACCAAAUGGGCUACCCUAUUACUACUUCGACCUACAAAUCGAACACUAAACCCGGGGUUACUAGAAAAACCCAGCACCACUUCUUCCAGAAUCGCACCCAACCGGUUGUCCCUUGUAUCGACCCGCAUGAUCUUGUCGAUGAUCACCUUGGCAUCCCCUUCAAAACUGACGUCCGUGAAGCCCCGAUCCAGACACCAAAGAAUACCCUCACGGAGGACAAACAAUUCCACCACCAUGGGGUCAUCAAUUAUCGGAAAUUGAACCCCUUUAGCCAGAAGGACUUCCCGAGAAGGGGUCAUCAGGACUAACCCGCCCGGCGAGUGAGAGCCGCUCCUAGUAGCCCUAUCCCACAUGCAAACAACCCAGCAUGAACCACCAGCCCUGGUUGUUGUGCCAUAGGAUCAGCGGCAUGAAAAGCUUUAUCCACCGUUAGCCACACCCAUUCCUCAUACUACUGGGCAAACUGGCGCAUCAAAACAGGGAUCUCAAACUGCUUACCCUCAAAGACCACCCAGUUCCGAGACCGCCAGAUCCGUCAAAGGACGGCAACCAUUCCCAUGAAAAGCGGCGGCUGAUGAAUUAAAGCCAUUAGCCUUUUAAGAAAGAGAGGGAAGGUAUGAGGAGGAAGCCCCUCCCCUAAAUGCUCUAGCCCCGAAUAGCCCCACAGGGCCUGUGCCACAGGACAAUUUAGAAACAAAUGCUCCAUCGUUUCCGGACUCUCCCAGCAAACCGGGCAUCGAUGGUGCACCGGGACCUUCUUCCCAAUGAGAGCUUCCAUAGUUGGUAAAAUUCGAUUUAGGAGCUGCCAAACAAACACCUUUAACUUAAGUGGAAUAUUAGCCUCCCACAACCGAAUCCAACUGGUCCUAUCCAUCCAAACCUAAUUUGAUAGAUAACAUAAAAUAAACAAUUACUAUAUCACUUAUCCUAAAAGUUGUGUUAGAGUGUAUAUUUACUUUAUUUUUCUAAAUAGGUAUGGGAGGGGAGUUAAAGCACAUUUGGUCACUGAGAUUACUGAAUCGGGACAUGUUUAGUCACUAGAAAAAGUUAAUAUCAAAUUUGGUCACCAUAAUUACUAAAACAGGACACAUUUAGUCACUCGCUGUUAGUUAACGUCCAACUCCGUUAAAAGAGUUCGUUAUGUGCUGACGUGGCUAACGUGAGCGCCUAGUCAGCACCGUUUUGGGCCAAAAAUGGUCAACCCGACCCGCCACGUCACUAAACCCGCCACUUAAUAAACCCAACCCAAUCCAUUAACCCAACCCGACCUAGAAAUUAAUCCUAACCCACCUAACCAGACCAGAGCCCAACCUCUCCACUUCCUCCUUCACGACUAUUCCACUUCCCAGUCCCAAUCCUCCGCCGCCGGCCCUCUCACCUCCAUGACCGUCAUCGUCCACCACCUCCAGUCCAAACUCGGUGUCGACCUCUCCCCCAAGCUCGACUUCAUUCGAUCCCAGCUACAACAACUCCUCUUCCAACAAACUCAUCCACCGCCGCCGUCGCACCAGCAGUAGCAACAACCCUUUCCUCCUCCGCCGCCGUCUUACAAAGACCGUUAUGCCCCUCACUAUCCCGCUCCCAAUUUCCUCCUCUCUUAGGGCUACCCUCCAACGCACCAAACCCCCAAUUUCUUGCUCUCUUCCGGCUACCCACCGCCGCCUCAGCAGCAACAACAACACCAACCCUUUCCUCCACCCUCUUACAAUGACUGUUAUACUCCCCCACCAAACCCCCAACUUCUUCCUCUCUUCCGGCUUCCCUCCAUCUCACUCCCCCGGCUCCGUCAAUUUGGAAUCCCCUGCACCUGCUGGUGCUCCCCUCGAGUCUCCUAAGGAGAAUAGUAAGGGUAAGAGGAAAGGCGGGGGCGGGUGGUUUGAACAAGCUCUGUGGGGUCUCGCCGAAACUUCAAGUUGUAGUCGGCCACUCUGCUCUUCCCAGGACUGAGAUUGUUAAGCAGUUAUGGGUAUACAUAAGAAAGCACAACCUCCAAGACUCGAAGGAGGUUGCUGGGACAAAGGGGUCAAGGGGGUAGCGUUAAUGGCUCCAUCUCUCCCUGCUCUCUGCUAGGGGUGUCAGUUCGGGUCGGGUUCGGUUACCCAAACCGAAACCCGAAAAACCAAAACCGAAAAUAACUAAAACCGAACCCGAACCCGAUAAGGACUUGCGAGUUCUGGUUACCCGAAACCCGAAAAUUCCUUAUCGGGUUCGGGUUCGGUUAAAGCAAAAUCGAAACCCAAAAACCCGAAAGCCUAAUAAUACGGGUUGAGUUCUAUUCAUUGGAGGUUUUUAGCCGGAACCCAAAAAACCGAUAAGCAAAACCGAACCCGAAACCGAAAAACCAAAAACCCGAAACGAACCCGAACCCGAAAAACCAAAAAUGUAUAUAAUAGGGUCGGUUUCGGGUAAACCCGAAAAAUCGAACCCGAAUUGACACCCCUACUCUCUGCUCUCUGAUUAGGUUGAUCGAAAAUGGCGAAGGGAAAGGGCUCUCGAGUAAGGAGAAGUGUUUUCGGGUAUGCAAAUGGAAACUGAUCAAUUUUGUUUUUUCUAAGAGGGCUCUGGUUUGGUUAGGUGGGUUAGGGUUUAUUUUUGGGUCGGGUCGGGUUAAUGGAUUGGGUUGGAUUUAUUACGUGUCGGGUUUAGUGACGUGGUGGGUCGGGUUUGACCAUUUCCGGCCCAAAACGGCGCUGACUAGGCGCUCACGUUAGACACGUCAGCACAUAACAGACUCUUUUAACGGAGUUGGACGGCAACUAACGGCGAGUGACUAAAUGUGUCAUGUUUUAGCAAUUAUAGUGACCAAAUUUGAUAGUAACUUUUUCUAGUGACUAAAAAUGUCCCGAUUUAGUAAUCUCAGUGACCAAAUGUGUCUUUAACCCGGUAUGGGAGGGCCAGGGGACGAAAACACAACAUUCUUUCUUACAGCCUCAAACUAGUAAUAAAAUUGGUUCUUUUUUUUGGGUAGUUAUAGCCAAUUUGGAGGGACAACGACUUUCUGGUGGCCAUUUUCAGCACCGGCUUUCAUCGAAUCUGGUCCAAUUGACUGGUCUAACUACGAGUGGACAACAUUGCCAAUAAAUAAAUAAUAUGUUACACAUUGAUUGCAAAGUAAACUUCUUAUCGUGGUUGACUUUGUUAAGAUGACAAACAAGAAAAUGAAACAUAUUACAUGUAAAAUGCUCGAUGCGUAACAAGAAAAUAAAUUUUGCCUAGCCUAUAUCGCAUUGAUUAAUUGGUCAACUCAAAUUUUUUUCUCAUAUUGCUCGAUGCUAGGUUCGAUAUGCUAAAUUAAGGAAAAAAUGGAUGAUAACAUAGAUUUGUUGUCGCCGCUUGCAUCCACGAUGAAGUUUUUGGAUAGACAACAUAAGUAAAAUUGAGAAUGUGAUCAUAAUAAAGUGACAAGUUUGAC